UGAAGCGCUCGAAAAAGACGAGAUUCUGCGAGAUCGAAUCGAAGCUUGUCGCCAUCGCCGUCCAUUAUCUUUGUUUUUCGGCAUCGUAGGCGCCAUUAUAACCAUAGCACGCCAUGUCUGGGGGCAAUGACGAAGCUGAGGGAUUUGUUCUGCGUGUUCGAGGGCUGCCAUGGUCCACAACCAAAGAAGAAAUCCAGAAUUUCUUUUCAAAAUGCAACAUCAAAGGGGGCCUGAAUGGCAUACAUAUGACCCUCUCCAGAGAAGGCAGGCCAAGCGGAGAAGCAUACAUUGAGCUGGAGAGUGAACAAGAUGUAGAAGUAGGUUUGCAGCAAAACAAUCAGCACAUGGGUCACAGAUACAUAGAGGUAUUCAGAUCAAAGCCCAGCGAAAUGGACUGGGUGGUAAAGCGCAGUGGAGCUCAUCAACAAGAUUCUCUGAAUGAUGGUUGUAUUAGGUUGAGAGGACUGCCUUUUGGUUGUUCCAAGGAAGAAAUUGCACAGUUCUUCUCAGGGUUGGAGAUUGUCCCCAAUGGGAUUACACUUCCUACGGACUACCAGGGGAGGAGCACUGGGGAGGCUUUUGUGCAGUUUGCCUCACGGGAUAUAGCUGAAAAGGCGAUGGGGAAACACAAGGAAAAAAUUGGGCACAGGUACAUAGAAAUAUUUAAGAGCAGUCUUCAGGAAAUUCGCUCCGUGGUGGGCUCGACAAUGCCCAAGAUGAUGAGGCCGAUGGGCUCUGCACGGCCAGGUCCCUACGACCGAGGUGACAGAUUUGGCGGCCCGUCGCGCUACGCUAUGGGUCGAGGAGGAGCACGUACCUUCAGGGGAUUCGUUGAUGACGACAACUUUGGCGACUUCGGACGUGGGCCUAUGGGCAGCCGAUUCGGUGGUGGUGGAUUUGAUGGAGGAAACGGAGGCGGUGCACGCUACGCCGCUACUGGUCAUUUUGUUCACAUGCGUGGGUUGCCAUUCCGAGCCACUGAGCAGGACAUAUUUGAAUUUUUCCGUCCCAUGAACCCAGUUCACGUGCACCUUAUUUACGAGGACAGUGGUCGACCAUCUGGUGAGUGCGACGUUGAGUUCGCGACCCACGAAGAAGCUGUCAAGGCUAUGAGCAAAGAUAAAGCACACAUGCAACACCGGUACAUUGAACUCUUCCUGAACUCCACUCCAAGUGGUAUGGGUGGUGGCAGCAACAACGGAGGUGGGGGCGGUUUUGGCAACGGAGUAGGGCCCAUUGGGUCUGGUCCUGCCGCUUCUGGGGGCUUCUCUGGAACAAUGGCACCUGGAGGCACAGGAUUUGGUGCCGGCCGUUACGGAGGUGGCAGCGGUGGAGCUGGGAACAGCUACUACAGCACUGGAAUUGGCAGUAUGGGCUCGGGAACGUACGGGGCAGGGUCUAUGAUUGGUGGGAACAACUACACCUCUUUCUGAAGUGGCUGCUUCUACAAAACUGCACGAGAGCUUCAUUUUCAUACCUUCCUCGUUUUAUGUUGUACAAAGUCCUCUAACGUUCACACAUUCAUGUUGAGUAUGAGUUGUAAACUUCAGCCUAGUGAAUGAAUCAUUUGUCAUUGCAACACUGACUGUGCCACACAAAACAAAGGAAUAAAUGAUUUCCAAUGACUGA